AGUGUGUGCGGUGGAUCCCGUGCAGCAGCACACGGCGGAAUGGCGGACGUAACAGCCCGUAGUCUGCAGUACGAGUACAAGGCGAACUCUAAUCUUGUACUUCAAGCCGAUCGCUCUCUGAUAGACCGGACCCGCCGAGAUGAGCCCACAGGCGAGGUGCUGUCACUGGUGGGGAAACUGGAUGGGACCCGUAUGGGGGACAAGGCUCAGAAAACCAAGCCUCAGAUGCAGGAGGAGAGGCGUGCUAAGAGGCGAAAGAGAGAUGAAGACAGACAUGACAUAAACAAGAUGAAGGGGUUCACCCUCUUGUCAGAAGGCAUUGAUGAAAUGGUGGGGAUCAUAUACAAACCCAAAACAAAGGAGACUCGCGAGACCUACGAGGUUCUGCUUAGCUUCAUACAAGCUGCCCUGGGGGACCAGCCAAGAGAUAUCCUGUGUGGUGCAGCUGAUGAGGUUCUGGCGGUGUUAAAGAAUGAUAAAUUGCGAGAUAAGGAGAGAAGAAGGGAAGUUGAUCAGCUCUUGGGACAGACCGAUGAUACGCGAUACCAUGUACUGGUGAACCUGGGUAAAAAAAUCACUGAUUACGGAGGGGACAAGGAAAUUCAAAAUAUGGAUGAUAAUAUAGAUGAGACUUAUGGAGUCAACGUGCAGUUUGAAUCUGAUGAAGAGGUGGGUGAUGAAGACAUAUACGGAGAGGUGAGAGACGAGGCCUCUGAUGAUGACAUGGAUGGAGAUGAAGCUGUUGUGCGUGGCACACUCUCUGCCAAUCUGGUGACGUCUGGAGAGCUCAUGAGUUCUAAGAAGAAAGAUCUUCACCCACGAGACAUCGAUGCUUUCUGGCUGCAAAGACAGCUUAGCAGAUUUUAUGAUGAUGCUAUUGUGUCGCAGAAGAAGGCUGAUGAGGUUCUCGAAAUCUUAAAGACUGCAGGCGAUGACCGUGAAUGUGAAAACCAGUUGGUGCUGCUGCUGGGAUUCAACACGUUCGACUUCAUUAAAAUACUAAGACAGCAUCGUAUGAUGAUUCUGUACUGUACCCUCUUGGCCCGUUCUCAGAGCGAGUCAGAAAAAGAGAGAAUUAUGGGUAAAAUGGAGGCAGACUCUGAGCUGUCCAAGUAUCUGUACCAGCUGCAGGAAACCGAAAAGGAGGAUCUGAUUCGGGAGGAGCGCACGCGUAGAGAGCGGGUUAGACAGUCCCGUGUGGACACAGACUUGGAAAGUAUGGAGAUGGAGCAGGGAGGGGAGUCUUUCACUCCCCGCCAAGUCUUGGAUUUGGAAGACUUGGUCUUUGCGCAAGGUAGUCACUUCAUGGCCAACAAACGAUGCCAGCUGCCGGAUGGAUCAUUCAGGCGCCAGAGGAAAGGCUAUGAGGAGGUUCACGUACCUGCACUAAAGCCAAAACCUUUUGGUGCAGACGAGCAACUCGUGCCAGUGGAGAAACUUCCAAAAUAUGCCCAGGCUGGAUUUGAUGGGUUUAAAACUUUGAACAGGAUACAGAGUAAACUCUAUAAAGCUGCACUAGACUCUGAUGAGAAUCUGCUUCUCUGUGCCCCUACUGGUGCUGGCAAGACCAAUGUAGCUCUCAUGUGCAUGUUGCGUGAAAUUGGGAAACACAUCAACGUGGAUGGCACCAUCAAUGUGGACAACUUCAAAAUCAUUUACAUUGCACCCAUGCGAUCCCUGGUACAGGAAAUGGUGGGGAGUUUCAGCAAGCGUUUGUCUACAUAUGGCAUCAAUGUAGCGGAGCUGACUGGCGAUCACCAGCUAUGCAAGGAGGAGAUAAAUGCCACCCAAAUUAUUGUCUGUACACCAGAGAAGUGGGACAUCAUCACUCGUAAAGGAGGAGAGAGAACUUACACUCAGCUUGUUCGUCUAAUAAUUCUGGAUGAAGUCCACCUUCUCCAUGAUGACCGAGGUCCCGUAUUGGAGUCUUUAGUUGCUAGAGCUAUCCGGAACAUUGAAAUGACUCAAGAAGAUGUGAGGCUGGUGGGUCUCAGUGCCACUUUGCCCAAUUAUGAGGAUGUAGCCACCUUCCUUCGCGUGGACCCUGCCAAAGGACUUUUCUAUUUUGAUAACAGUUUCCGACCGGUCCCACUGGAGCAGACAUAUGUUGGGAUCACAGAGAAGAAGGCAAUAAAACGUUUCCAGAUCAUGAACGAGAUUGUGUAUGAGAAGAUUAUGGAGCAUGCUGGGAAAAACCAGGUGCUGGUUUUUGUGCAUUCCAGGAAAGAAACUGGCAAAACUUCCCGUGCCAUCAGAGACAUGUGCCUGGAAAAGGACACAUUGGGUCUAUUCCUGCGAGAGGGAUCUGCCUCUACUGAGGUGCUGCGUACAGAGGCUGAGCAGUGCAAGAACCUGGAACUAAAAGACCUUCUGCCAUAUGGAUUUGCCAUUCAUCAUGCAGGCAUGAGUCGUGUGGACAGAACUCUGGUGGAGGAUCUCUUUGCUGACAAACACAUUCAGGUUCUGGUCUCCACAGCUACAUUGGCCUGGGGUGUGAAUCUCCCAGCUCAUACAGUUAUCAUCAAAGGAACUCAGGUUUACAGCCCAGAAAAGGGCAGAUGGACAGAGUUGGGAGCCCUGGAUAUCCUGCAGAUGCUGGGUAGAGCCGGGCGUCCUCAGUAUGACACAAAAGGUGAAGGCAUACUCAUCACAUCACAUGGUGAACUUCAGUAUUAUCUCUCCCUGCUCAACCAGCAGCUGCCCAUUGAGAGUCAGAUGGUGGCUAAGCUUCCAGACAUGCUGAAUGCAGAGGUGGUUCUGGGAAAUGUGCAGACUGCAAAGGAUGCUGUGAACUGGCUGGGCUACACAUACCUAUAUAUACGUAUGCUGCGCUCACCCAACCUCUAUGGAAUUUCUCACGAUGACCUCAAAUCUGACCCUUUGCUGGAGCAGAGACGUCUGGAUUUGAUCCACACAGCAGCUCUUAUGUUGGACAAGAACAAUUUGGUGAAAUAUGAUAAGAAGACUGGUAAUUUCCAGGUGACUGAAUUGGGUCGUAUUGCCAGCCACUAUUAUAUCACCAAUGACUCUGUACAGACCUACAACCAACUUCUAAAGCCAACGCUCAGUGAAAUAGAAAUGUUCCGGGUGUUCUCCUUGUCUUCAGAGUUCAAGAACAUCACAGUCCGAGAGGAAGAGAAACUGGAACUGCAGAAGCUACUGGAGAGAGUACCGAUUCCUGUGAAGGAGAGUAUAGAGGAGCCAAGUGCUAAAAUCAAUGUCUUACUCCAAGCAUUCAUCUCACAGCUGAAAUUGGAAGGGUUUGCCUUGAUGGCUGACAUGGUGUAUGUCACGCAGUCUGCGGGGCGCCUGAUGCGGGCGAUAUUUGAAGUUGUUCUGAACCGUGGAUGGGCACAGCUCACAGACAAGACUCUGAACCUCUGCAAGAUGAUAGAUAAGAGGAUGUGGCAGUCAAUGUGUCCGCUACGCCAGUUUAAGAAACUCCCAGAGGAAGUGGUGAAGAAGAUUGAAAAGAAAAACUUUCCAUUUGAGCGUCUCUAUGACUUAAAUCAUAAUGAGAUAGGUGAGCUGAUCCGCAUGCCCAAGAUGGGGAAAACCAUCCAUAAAUAUGUGCACUUAUUCCCUAAACUGCACCUGUCUGUGCACUUGCAGCCCAUCACUCGCUCCACAUUAAAAGUGGAACUGACCAUCACACCUGACUUCCAGUGGGAUGAGAAGGUUCAUGGCUCUUCUGAGGCUUUCUGGAUCCUUGUGGAAGAUGUGGACAGUGAAGUGAUUUUGCACCAUGAAUAUUUCCUUCUCAAAGCCAAAUAUGCUCAGGAUGAGCAUCUGGUCACGUUCUUUGUGCCGGUGUUUGAGCCCCUUCCCCCACAGUACUUCAUUCGGGUGGUCUCUGACCGCUGGCUAUCCUGCGAGACACAGCUACCCGUCUCCUUCCGCCACCUAAUCCUGCCUGAGAAAUACCCCCCACCCACCGAACUUCUGGAUCUGCAGCCACUGCCUGUCUCUGCUCUAAGAAACAGCGCAUUUGAGAGCCUCUACCAGGACAAGUUUCCUUUCUUCAACCCUAUCCAGACCCAAGUCUUCAAUACAGUGUAUAACAGUGAUGACAACGUAUUUGUUGGGGCUCCCACCGGCAGUGGGAAGACUAUUUGUGCAGAGUUUGCAAUUCUUCGUAUGCUCCUGCAGAACUCAGAGGGGCGCUGUGUUUAUAUAACUCCCAUGGAGGCUCUAGCUGAACAGGUAUUUAUGGACUGGUUUGAGAAGUUCCAGGACAGGUUGUAUAAGAAGGUUGUCCUGCUGACUGGUGAAACCAGCACUGACCUGAAACUGCUGGGAAAAGGGAAUAUUAUCAUCAGCACACCAGAGAAGUGGGACAUCUUGUCCCGACGUUGGAAGCAGCGUAAAAAUGUGCAGAACGUUAGCUUGUUCGUCGUGGAUGAGACUCAUCUCAUUGGUGGAGGCAACGGGCCUGUGCUGGAAGUCAUCUGCUCCCGUAUGCGCUACAUAUCCUCCCAGAUCGAGAGGCCUAUCCGCAUUGUGGCCCUCAGCUCCUCUCUCUCCAAUGCCAAAGAUGUGGCACAUUGGUUAGGGUGCAGUGCCACGUCAACGUUUAACUUCCAUCCCAAUGUGAGACCAGUACCCCUGGAGCUACACAUACAGGGCUUUAACAUCAGUCACACACAAACCAGACUUCUUUCCAUGGCCAAGCCAGUUUACCACUCCAUUGUCAAGCAUUCGCCCAAGAAGCCCAUUAUAGUCUUUGUCCCAUCACGGAAGCAGACCCGGCUCACAGCGAUUGAUAUACUCACCACAUGCGCCUCUGACGUACAGCGACAAAGGUUUCUACACUGCACAGAAAAGGAUCUGGCGCCAUACCUGGAUAAGCUCAGCGACGGCACUUUGAAAGAGACACUGCUGAAUGGCGUAGGCUAUCUGCACGAGGGGCUCUCCUCCUUGGAGCGACGCAUCGUUGAACAACUCUUCGACUCUGGUGCAGUGCAGGUGAUUGUAGCUUCUCGCAGUCUUUGUUGGGGUCUUAACAUUGCUGCUCACCUGGUCAUCAUCAUGGACACUCAGUACUACAAUGGAAAGAUUCACGCCUAUGUGGAUUAUCCCAUCUAUGACGUUCUCCAGAUGGUGGGAUAUGCAAACCGACCUUUGCAGGAUGACGAAGGGCGGUGCGUCAUUAUGUGUCAAGGAUCAAAGAAGGAUUUCUUUAAAAAGUUCCUGUACGAGCCUCUCCCAGUGGAAUCUCACCUGGAUCACUGCUUACACGACCAUUUCAAUGCUGAGAUUGUCACCAAAACCAUAGAGAACAAACAGGAUGCAGUGGACUACCUGACCUGGACGUUCCUGUACAGGCGUAUGACACAGAAUCCCAACUACUACAACUUGCAGGGUGUGUCUCACAGACAUCUCUCAGACCACUUGUCGGAACUGGUAGAACAGACGCUUAGUGACUUGGAACAGUCUAAGUGUAUCAGCGUUGAAGAUGAAAUGGAUGUUGCGCCUCUUAAUCUGGGCAUGAUAGCGGCUUAUUAUUACAUCAACUACACCACAAUAGAACUUUUCAGCAUGUCCCUGAAUGCUAAAACCAAAGUACGUGGAUUGAUUGAAAUUAUCUCCAAUGCUGCGGAGUAUGAGGGCAUACCUAUCCGCCACCGCGAGGACAACCUCUUGCGUCAGCUGGCGCAGAAAGUCCCCCAUAAACUUACCAACCCCAGAUUCAAUGACCCUCAUGUCAAGACCAACCUGCUGCUUCAGGCUCAUCUCUCCCGCAUGCAGCUGAGUGCUGAGCUUCAGUCAGAUACAGAGGAGAUCCUUAGCAAGGCAAUCCGCCUCAUCCAGGCGUGUGUGGAUGUGCUCUCCAGUAAUGGCUGGCUCAGCCCAGCCCUCGCUGCUAUGGAACUGGCACAAAUGGUCACCCAAGCCAUGUGGUCCAAGGACUCCUAUCUCAAACAGUUGCCGCACUUUACCAUUGAGCACAUCAAGCGAUGCACAGACAAGGGAGUGGAAAGUGUAUUCGAUAUUAUGGAGAUGGAGGAUGAGGAUCGUACAGAACUCCUGCAGCUCUCCGAUGGCCAGAUGGCAGAUGUAGCCAGGUUCUGUAACCGGUAUCCCAACAUUGAACUGUCCUAUGAGGUGGCAGACAAGGACUCCAUUAGGAGUGGCGGAGCUGUUGUGGUGCUUGUGCAGCUGGAACGAGAGGAGGAAGUUACAGGACCCGUCAUCGCUCCCCUCUUCCCGCAGAAACGUGAAGAAGGCUGGUGGGUUGUCAUUGGAGAUGCUAAAUCAAAUAGUCUGAUCUCCAUCAAGAGGCUGACCCUACAGCAGAAAGCCAAGGUUAAGUUGGAUUUCGUAGCUCCAGCCACAGGGGCGCACAAUUACACCCUUUAUUUUAUGAGCGACGCUUACAUGGGUUGUGAUCAGGAGUACAAAUUCAGUGUGGAUGUAAAGGAGGCCGAAAGCGACAGUGAUUCUGAUUAGGUCAGCCCUUUCCUGAAUCCAAGGAUGCAGACAUCUGCUGUGUGAUAAAGACGAUGGAGAGAUACAGGCCAUUAAAAUACCAAGCACAGCUCGCAGUACACAAUGAUACUGUAAAUAUCUUAUAUAUUAGACUGAAGUGUGACACCUUUGGAUAUGUAAUGAAUAUCAGAGUGGAAGCUACAACUGUUAAGAACUGUGAUAAUUUGUGAAAAGUUUGAAAGUCUUUUCCAUGUCUUUGCUAGAUUCUAAAAUAAACAUUUUCUUUUUUAUAA